UUUAGUUUGACAUUCGUUCGUCUCAUUGAUUGAACUUCGUGUAUAUUCAACUGUGUUUCAUUUUUUUUUUUUAAUUUCUAAUAGCCCCACUUUUUUUUUUGAUAUAUUAUUUUAAAUUCUUCACACCUUCCACCACCAUUUUAUCAAUAUUCAGUUGAUUAAUCAACUUGCUCGAGAAGCCUGUUACUUCACAGUGUCUUUAUAUCAAAGAUCGCGAAGACUGAGCCAAGCUUUUGACUGAGCUUUUGAUCAAGUGAAAUAUAUAGAAAUCAACAGCGAAUAAUUAUCAACAAAAUGGCUUCUUCAAGCUCCUAGCAGGACCGUGGAUAAUUCUAUUUUUUUAUUUAUUUUUUUUUAUUCUAUAUAAUUUUGAACUAUUAAAAAACAAUAAUUAAAAAAGUGUUUAAAAUUUUAAGUUGAUAUAAAAAACAAUUGAGUUUUAUUAUUUUACAAAACUGUUUUAUUUAAAUAAAUUUCAAUUCCGGCCUAGUUAUGUUUUCCAUCGAGUACAGCAAACAAUUUCUGAGCUAUCGCAUUCUCAAGUCAAAUCGUUUCAAAUAUAUCUGACGAUAAGAACUCGGACUAAGUGUAAAAAAAAUUUUUAAAAAGUGAAGAUUUGUGGUGGUAUUUUUUUUUUUUUUUUUUUAUUAAUUUUCUGGUGUUGAUUUUAUAUUUACACGAAAGGUGUACGACUUGUAGUUGCAAUUAGCUCAGAAAUUUAAUUUCAAUUUUAAAUUUAUUAAAAAAAGUUCUAUAAAUUUCGGGAAACAAAUAAAUAAAAUUAAUAAUGGAAGAUCUAUGUCAGUAAAAUUGCUCAAGACCUGGAAAGUCUAUGGAGUUUGCAUGAUCUCGGUAGAAAUAUCUUUGAAAUAAUUAGGCGAUAAAAAAAAAAUUCUAAAUUUCUUUCAAUUGAAAUAUAUAAAUUAAUUAGCAAACAGAGAGAAAGCUCACGUGUCAUCGAAUAAGUUUAAAAAAAAAAAGCAGAGGCGAAAUUUGAUACAUUUAAAAAACGACGAUAAAAAUUUUAUAAAGCAAAAGCUAUUUGGAAUAAUUCAGCACAUUUGGUCGUUUUUUAAACAACACAAUUGAUAGUGCUAUUUUUGUUUAAAAAAAAAAUUACUCAACUAAUUUAUCAAAAUGAUUGUUUACGUUCCUGGUAGAAUGCCAAAUCAAAUUGGUCCAUACGGCUCAGCACGUUAUCCAGGUACACUAUUGGGACCAGUACCUGGCUAUUAUACACCAGUAACAAAUUACGUAACUGAUAAUAAUCAACAUCAUUAUCGUAAUAUUGGUGUUACAAGUGGUCAACAAAAUAUUUAUCAAACACCAUUAAAUUUGCCAAUUUGGCCUCGAAGAAUGCCGACCGAUGAGGAACUAGCAACGUCACCAGCUGGUAGAUUAUCUGCACUUGGAACAUCACCAACAAAUGGACCAGCAAGUGGUGGUCCACCAAGUCCAGCACACAGUGAUUCUGAUGCAUCAAAUUCAAGCCUUGAACUUGGUUCAGUAAGACGUGGUGAAAAUGCACAUCUUAAAUGCAGAUGGCACAGUUGUGGAAGAUGGUUUGCAUCGUUGGAACAAUUAGCAGGUCAUGUUGCUAGACUACACGCAGCACCUGGUGCACGUGGACUAUUUUAUUGUGGUUGGGAAGGUUGUGCAAGAGGCGAGCGUGGAUUUAACGCAAGAUAUAAAAUGCUUGUACACGUGAGAACUCAUACAAAUGAAAAGCCACAUCAUUGUUUUCAAUGUGAAAAAAGUUUUAGCCGUGCUGAAAAUUUAAAAAUACAUGCAAGAUCACAUACAGGUGAACGUCCAUACGUUUGUCCAGUCGAAGGUUGCAACAAGGCAUAUUCAAAUUCAUCAGAUCGUUUUAAACAUACAAGAACACAUGCUGUUGAUAAACCAUACUGUUGUAAAGUACCAGGUUGUCCAAAACGCUAUACAGAUCCAUCAUCAUUACGUAAACAUGUCAAAACUUAUCGUCACUAUGUCAAUAAUAAUAAUAACAAUAAUAACAACAACAAUAUCAAUAACAACAAUAACAACAACAACAAUAGUAGCAAUGAAAAAUUACAAGAAAAAAGUUUUGAUGAAAAUAAUAGUAGCCAAGAAAUAAAAUUUGAUACAACACCAGAUAAACAAUCAAGUGGUACUGAAUCAGAUAAAAAAAAUUCAAGUAUUGAAAGUACAACAUCAUCAAGUCCAAAAGCAAGUAAUAGUUUUGAAGAACAAAGAAAAUUUGUUGAAUGGAAUAAUUAUUAUAAUUUACAACAUGAAAUAAUAAAAGAACAUGAACAAAUAACACCACCAAAGAAUUUUGAUCAUGAUAAUAAAAUUUAUCCAAGAAUAUAUGAUGAAAGCUACAUAAUACCUGACCGAAUUAUAAAUAAUGGUACAAUAUUUUCUGGCCAAACAAUAAUUGAUAGAUCAUUACAUGAAUCACCAAUUAAAAGUCCACAAAAUAUUAAUGACAAUAUGAUGAUGAUAACAAUGCAAUCAACACCAAUUAAAAAUGAAAAAAAUAUAUCAACAACAACAACAACAGAGUGCCAUAAAACAACAGUUGAUUAUAGAAAUAUUGAAUCAAUUGUCAAUAGUACACCAUGUAAAAAAGAAAAUGUUAUAAGACAUUCGGUUAUAAAAAGAGCUGAUAAUGUUAUUAAAAUGGAUACAACAGAAAAUCAACAAAAAACAAUUGAUGAAACAACAGAUAAUUGUUGUUGUCGACGUACUUGUUGUGUUCAUAAUAAUGAUUUAUAUAAAAAAACAAAAAUAUUAUCGGAUUUAUUGAUGAACAGUCCAAAUCCAUUAUUCCGACAACUAUUAGGAACAGUUGAUAUUAAAAAUCAAUUACAAAAUAUAUGGAAUAACAAUGAUAGAAUUGUUAAUAAUGUUGUACAAGAUUUACGAAUGAAAACUGAAAAUAUUCAUGAAAUGGAACAAGAUCUUCCACUUGAUUUGACCAUUCACAAAUGAUUGAUACUUGCGAUAGUUUGAGCCAAAUAUACCAAUUGUUUUUUUUUUUUUUAUUCUUUUUUUCUAUAUUUGUUUAUUAUUAUUAAUAUUAUUAUUUUCUUUCUUUUUCUUUUAAAUAAUUAUCAUCAUUUUAAAUGUUAAAUCUUCAUUAAAAAAAAAAAUAAAUAUUUAUCUGGGAUCCUAGCUGGUCUAUGUUUUUAUUUUCCGGGUUCGGAUUUAACGAAUUUCCCGAAAAAUAAAAAUCUGGAAUCCAGAUUCUUUUCUUUCUUUCCUACUUUUUUUAUUUUUUUUUGUUCAAUAUGAUAAAUAUUAUAAAUAUAUUUUCUAUUUUCUAUCGUCAAGGAUACAACAUGAUUUUUAAAACUUUCUGAUCAAACUUGUAAUGCCAAAUAUAUUUGUUAUUAUUAAAGUGGGAAAAAAAAAAUCAAAUUGUCAAUCAGUCGGUGUGGUGGAUGUUAAAAAUGUUGAAGAAUUAAUAUCAGUUAUUUGCUCAAAUGCUUAAAGUUAAUUAAUAUUUUUUUUUUAUACUAAGUUAAGUUUAUAAGAUCAAUGUGUUGUUGUGCCUUGGUUGAAAAAAAAAAAAAAUUAUUGGGAUAAGUUUUCAAAAUUGUUAGUUAUUUUGAUUUAAUUAUGUAAAUAUUGUUAACGAUUUUAUUAAUAAUCGUUCAUAGGAGGCUCCAAUAUGAUAAACAUGUUGAAAACUCGAAAUUGGUUACAAAAAUAUAUAUAUAUAUAUAUGUAUAUAUAAUAUUUACUUUAUAUUAUUAUUAAUUUUAAAUAUUUUAAUUUAAAUAUUUGUCAACAAUAAAAAAAAAAAACUAUUUGCCAUUUUAUUUGCAACCAAUUUCGACUGAU